CAGUUUACUGAGUCAGUUUGCGCCUAGCCGGAAGGGAGUGAGGAGUUCGUGUCGCUCGAAGAAAGUUUUGCGGUGCCGGCUAAGUAAACUUGUACGUUGGAGUGUUAUUUAGUGGCGUUUAGAAGUGAAAUAAUUAUCGGGAAUGAGUGAGAUUCGUCACCGAGAUCGCAUUUUAGAAGCGAUAGAUCAGUUGCGCAAAAGGAAAGCGCGCCCUGACGUAAAUAGAAUAUGCAGUUUUAUGUUCCGCCGGUUUGCCGUUAACUGUAUGGAAACUAAAUUGGAUCUCCAAAAACUCAUCGAUGCUGAAAUUGUGAUUAAAGUUGAUUACAAAGGUAGUACAAGUUAUCGUAAUGCAUCUAAGUGGGCCAUGUUACCUUCUUACAAGUAUAAAAGGGAAAUUGAUACUAGUAGCUUGAUUAGUAGUGCUGUGGCAGAACUAAUAGUAUUGGAGCCAGAUUAUUUAGACAUAGGUGUGCCUGAUUAUGAAUUAGAAGACCAUAUGGCUCAGAAAGAUAGCAAAAGAUUCUCAAAGAAAAACUUACAAAAUAUAUUGAAAAGAGAAGUAGAAAUUGGCACUUUGGUCAAAUUAGAGAACGGAAAUUAUUUCCUGGGCGAGCACUCGUCGUCGCCAAUGAAUGCUAGUUCAACAAUGGACCGUCCAUCUGCAUCGCAAGUUGGUAGCCCUGGGAAACAAUCUAAGCCUAAUAAUCUGACUGCGAGACCUACAUCACGUCAAAAGAAAAUUAAAUUGAUAUCUAAACAAAACGACAGCAAUUCUAAUGAUAGUGAUAAAAUGAAGCCAGACGAUCAAUCAAACACGAGUGAAUCAGCAAACGUUGGGUUUAGAGUUGGAGGACGACAAAAGAGGGCAAGGAUUGUCUUCGACCCGUCGGACAACAAUUUACCAACUCGUGUAAAUAAAAAGCGAGGUCCAGGAAGGCCCCUAGGAUCUUUGAACAAAAGCACUACUGCCAACAACACAAGCACGUCAUCUCCUGCCAUUUCACCACCCACCAGCAAAACCCCCACUAUUACACCGGCCUCCCCCACUCCCAAGUCCAGCGUUACCACCGGAACACAAGUGAAGUCCUUCAACAAAACCUAUGACAUCAGCAACACGCCCGUCAACCCAAGUCUGUGCUUCAUCUGCCGCUCUUAUGGCAUCAGAGUCAAAGGUGUUCCUGAAAGACUGAUUUCCUGUUCUGACUGCAUUACUAGAGUUCACCCAAGUUGUCUCGAGAACAGCAACGAUGGACCAAAACGAGAUGGAACAUGGCAGUGUACUUCUUGUAAAUUUUGUGAAAAAUGUGAUGAAAACUACGCACUGGGAGCCAAGCCGCUGGCUAUAUGUGUCGUCUGCAGAGACGGCUACCACUACCAGUGCCACACUCCUGCCGUGCCAGAGCGUGCCAGGUCCAAACUGACCCCUUGGCACUGUUUCCGAUGUCUUCCACAAGAGCCUCCUCCACCUGUCAUCAAAGAUGAACCUCCUGUGAAGGAGAAAAGUGAACCGCCAGCACCACAGAAGAAGGAAACUGUGACAUCACCUCCCCCUCCCGCCCCUGAAGCUAAACCUCGUGACGUCCCGGCCAACUGUCUUCAAGACCCUUUUGAGGACAUCCCUAUUGAUGAAACCAUCCCUGAUGCUAAACACUGGACAACAAACCAAGUUUACCAAUAUUUCUCAACACAUUUCAAACCAGACCUAGCUCAGGUGUUCAAGGACCAGGAUAUCGAUGGACAGUCACUGCUGUUGAUGAAGCGGAUGGACAUCCUGACGAGUCUGAGUCUCAAGUUAGGUCCUGCCCUCAAGGUGUACGGCCACGUGAGGAAGCUGCAAACGCGCAAGAGUCACCCCAAGAUACUCUGGUCCUAGUCACGGCGUAGAACUCAAGGCUGUGGUCCAACUUCCUACCUGUGGAAAAACCGGAGUGAUCGAUUCGUGGUUAAAUGAAGUUAUUUUGUUUUCUAUCAGUAUUUUUGUUAUACAGCCACAGUGUAUUCACGCCUAUAUAUACUGUAUUUAUAACGUACUAAAAAUAUGUUUCAUGUUAAGAUAAGCAGUAUUGAUUUUCCGAUUAAAUUCAAUAUUGUUACAAA